CAACUUUUCGCCAACCUUCUUGUUGACCUCGAAAAACUUCGCUACACAUCUGUCAAUGCAGACACUCUCGCCCUUGUUCAAGUCGCCUUCGGUGUAUCGGGUGCUUAUGCAUUUGGCGUGACAUGAACUAGUUCGCAACAUAAGCCCUGUCGCGUUCAAAGAUCCAUUUCUACCCGUUCAGGGUUCACAGAGCCCGCAGGCGUCGAACCUCUUCCACCGAGAAAAGACAUCACGAGAAGAAUGGAAUCGAAGAUGAAGGAGGAGGUGAAGAUGAAAUAAAGUCGACGGCAGAGGUCGACGGUGUCACUGGCAAAGGCGCGCUUCCAAAUGUGGCUCUCUCGAUCACAAAAAGUUUGUAGACGCCCAGACUCGCGUUCUGCUCAUUCUUGCUCGUCCAAAUUCGUUUCUACGACAUCUUGAAAAUUCCUCUCUUUUCCUUUCAUACGUCGUCCUGGCUGUGUCUGACAUAGUCCAGAAACCAUCUGCAACAAUGGUGGAAGGCACAACGCUCUCCGUGCACCGAUGUCGCUUUGUGGAUUACCAGCCUUCCGCCGUGACUGCUUUGGCUUUCCCUCCAUUACCACUUCCUUCAGUCAAAGGCAAGAAGAAGGCUGCCAGUCGAAAAAGGCUCAGAUUUGGGACGCUUGCUAUUGGACGUGCCAAUGGAAACAUUGAGCUUUGUGAAUGGACGGGUCAUGAGCAUCAGAGUUCUGCACCUCAGGCAUGGGUUGUAAAGAAGACACUCUCAGGGCCAUAUAUGUCGAAAGUUGAUUCUUUGGCAUUCACAAUCAAGUACCCCGACCAGAUUGCCGCGGACGAAGUACCUUCAUGGUCAAACCUUCGCCUAUUUAGUGCAGGUGGUGGUAGCGAAUUGGCCGAGUGGGAUAUUGAACGUGGAACUAUCAGGCGCACAAUUUCCUCACAAGGAGGAUCGAUCUGGUCAGCAUCUGCCAAUCCGGCAUCAACACUACUGGCACUCGGUUGUGAAGAUGGCUCCGUCCGUAUUCUUUCUUUGGAAUACGAUACUCUUACGCACCUCCGUCGACUGGACAGAGUAAAAAGUAGAAUUCUCAGUCUCGCGUGGGGCCCACCCGUACCCAGAGACACGUCCAAACCUAGCUCAACAAGCCAUGGUAAUGACGAAGAGAGCAGUGAUGAGGAGGAGGACGAUUGGACAGACUCAUGGCUCGUAGCCGGAUGCUCAGAUAGCAGUUUGCGGAAAUGGGAUAUUGCUAGUGGGAGAGUGUUGGAUAGGAUGGGAACUGACAAACAACGAGGAGAGAGAACACUGGUAUGGACGGUUGGUGUUCUAGGUGAUGGCAUGAUUGUCUCCGGAGACUCACUCGGCACAGUCAAGUUCUGGGAUUCCAGAACAUGUACACAAAUUCAGAGCUUCCAGGCGCAUAACGCAGAUGUUCUCUGUCUCACCAUCAGUCCAGUACGUUCUCAACAUGAAGGAACAGCAAUUUACACCUCAGGUGUUGACCAAAAAGUUGUCCAAUUCACACUUGUCAAAACUUCCCAAUCGUCCAACGCCCAAUCCUCGCUUCUCUCCCGAGCCACAAGCCGCUGGGUCCAAUCAACUUCCCGUCGUCUUCACUCACACGACGUACGCGCACUAGCCAUCUGGCCUCCGUACACCCCACUCCCACCCUCCCACAAACGUCAAUUCCCACUGGACGUCGCACCACUCCUAGCUUCCGGCGGUCUGGAUAUGAACGUCGUCAUUGCGCCUGCUGCACUUCCCGCAAGUACUAUGACGAAAGUCGUCAAUCCAUUGGGGACAAGCACAAUAUCAACCUUUGAAGAUGCGUAUCAUAGACGGUUGGCGUAUAGUUCUGGUUCGUUCAAUGGCAGCGCAUUGCAUCUUGCGAAGGGAGCUAGGUUGCUGUUGUGUAUGAGAGAUUCUGGGAUAAGUAUUUGGAAGAUAUCGAGGAAGCAGAAGCCGUCAUUAGGUGUUGAGGAUAUGAUUACAACGGAGGAUCCUACUCCACAGUCCGGUGCUCCCGAUCGCGGAUGGGACAGGGUGUUGGAUAUGGCUUUGAAUGUCACUAGUAACCUCGUCGCGAGUGCUAUUUCAGACGAUGGAAAGUGGGUGACUGUUUCCGAUUGGUACGAGACGAAACUCUUCUGUCUAGAACAAUUAGCAAACGGGGAUCUCAAACCAAAACGAAUACGGGAUUUCACCGCUAUCAUCCAAUCAUCCUUUCCCAAUGCCAAGUCGAACCAACUUCCUUCCACGGGUGCUUCUUCAUUCAUAUUCACGCCCGACUCUACCAAGCUAGUCAUGGCUACUGCCAUGUCAGGGUACAUCCUUGUCAUAGACCUUAAUACUGGGGAGCCCAAGCCCCGGGUCCUGCGUCGAUUUGAACAGCACCGUAUGCAAAAUAUCGUCAUUGGGAAUCGGGUAGUCAAAGGUCGCAAAGGACCGGACCAAGAUGUGGAGAUGCAGGAUGCAGAUGUAGAAGAAAAAGUUGCUGAAGGUGUCAGUGACAACGAAAGUGAAGUUAGUGACGACGGAGAGAAUGGAAACAAGCAAGCGUCAGUGACGGUGACUCGGAUGGCUGUAAGUCCGGAUGGUCAAUGGCUAGCGACAUCAGACGACCGAAGUCGGACCCAUGUCUUCAACCUCGAUUCCAUCCAACAUCACUGCGUCCUCCCAACUUUCCCCCAACCAAUCCACGCACUCUCCUUCGAACCUUCCUCUCCCUCAACUCUCAUUCUCGCCCUAGCCAACAACACCCUCCAAAUCUACGACGUCGAAUCCCGUCAAUUCCCCACAUGGUCUCGUCACCUGCUCUCCGCUCUCCCACCCCGCUUCACCCAACUCCACGACCCCGUUCUUGGAGUGACCUUUGAUCCAGAACCUCCAGCAACCGGCGGAACUAAGAAAAUGGCAUUAUUCUGGGGCGCGACGUGGUUAUGUAAGGUUCAAUUGGAUGCUGCUGUAUGGGGGUAUGGUGGGUUUGAUAAAAAGAGGAGAAGGGACGGGAAGAAGUAUUACUUGCCUCCGCCGCCGCCACAGAUCCAUGGAUCGGAAGAUAGUCGGGGUGGAGGACAGCAGGAGCGACAGACCCGGAAUUUCAAGCUGAUUACGCACUAUCGGCCCAUUCUGUUUGUGGAUUUCAUUGCAGCAGGAGAGUUGGUCAUUGUGGAGCGUCCGUUGGUGGACGUGCUUUCGAAAUUGCCUCCGGCGUUUUUCAAACCAAAAUAUGGUGCAUCAUAGUCCCGUAGUUUCAUAGUUCGUCUACGCGAUCUUUGAUCUUCAUGUCGCAUAUAUUGCAUACGUCGAAUUGCAUGGUGUAUGUAUUUGAACAUCUAUAUGCUGCGGGUGUUAUGUACAAGCUACGCAGCGCUAUGUAUAGCUAGUAGUGCAUGAAAAGUAGUAUAACAACGAAAAGUCCCUUGGACAUCUAGAGUAGAAAGUUACGUUUGCUAGUAUACGUUGAUGCUACAGAAGUGGGGGAUUGAAGUUGAGGUCUAAGAAUAUAAAUUUCUCCAUGGUGAUGUAUUUUGGCUUAAUAUUGAGAUCAAGACCGGCGAGACGCUUAUUGUGUACUUGCACUGCGCAAGCGGUCGAGCUCGUCCUGUUUCCGAUCCUCC